UCCAGUUGGUUUUUCGUGCUUUGCACAUGUGAUUGUUCUUCAUGUUGGAGUGAGGUCACUGAAGUCCUCUACUGAUCAGCCUCAGAAAACCUUAUGAAUCUGGCGAGAAAUACACAAGACUACCCUUGUGAUUUUGGUUUUGAUUCAAGCCUGAAAAAUUCAUAGGGUGAAAGGAGAAGGUAAGAGGAAACUAGAGAUGGGAUGCUCUACAUCAAAGCUAGAUGAUGUGGAAGCAAUUCAACUUUGUAAAGAUCGAAAGAGAUUUAUUAAACAGGCUCUUGAGCAAAGAACACGAUUUGCCUCUGGACACAUUGCCUAUAUCCAGUCCCUAAAAAGAGUUUCAGCUGCUCUUCGUGAUUAUGUCGAAGGAGAUGAGCCUCGUGAGUUCUUGUUAGAGUCAUUCAUAACCCCACCUUUCACACCCAUUAAGAAAACAAGUCCUGGUUUUAUCUCAAUUUCACCAAAAUCCUUCACACCUACACAAAUCCAAUCUGAACCCCAUUCAUCUGUGAAAAUAUGUUAUCUAAGAUCAGGAGGGAACCCAGCAGUUUCAGUUGAAGAGAGGCCUCAAUCACCAGAAACAGCCAGAGUUGAAACUUACUCUCCAAUCCACCAUUUUGGGAUGGAUGGGUUCUUUGGAAUGCAAUCUUCACCAAUGAAUUCUUCGUUCUUCUCUUAUUCCCCUAACAAUAGACCCAACAUCCCUCCGCCUUCACCUCAAAAUUCUCAAUGGGAUUUCUUUUGGAACCCAUUUUCAUCAUUAGAUUACUAUGGUUAUCCCACUCGAAGUAGUCUUGAUCAGACAGUUAUGGAUGAUGAGAUUAGAGGUCUAAGGCAGGUCAGAGAAGAAGAAGGGAUCCCUGACUUGGAAGAAGUUGAGACUGAACAGGAGGAAUGUGCUAACGAGGCAAAUGUAGCACAAGAAAAGGAUAAAGUUGAUCUAAACUGCAACAGAGAAGAAGUUAUUAUUGAAGAUGUUAAUGAGGAAGAGGAGGAAGAGGAGGAGGAAAUGGAUAGCGGAACUGAAAUUGAGCAUGAUGCAAAAAUGCCAUCGCAUAGUAGUGUGAGUAUAGAGGUGUCAAGAUCUCAGAAUACAAGACAAGUUGAAACUAGUAACCAAGCAACCGCUGUUGGUCACAGGGAAGCUAAGGAGGAAACGCCAGGCUUUACUGUUUAUGUAGACCGAAGGCCAACAAGUAUGGCAGAAGUUAUCAAGGUUUUAGAAACUCAGUUCAUGAUUGUUUGCAAUGCAGCCAAUGAGGUCUCAGCAUUGUUAGGGGCCGGUAGAGCAGAGUACUCGUCAACCUCCAACGAACUCACAGCCAUGAAAAUGUUGAACCCAGUAGCUUUAUUUCGCACAGCUUCUUCUCGCUCAGCCUCUUCCAGAUAUUUACUGAAUUCUUCGUGCUCUAAAGAUGAAGGCUAUGAAAGCAGUAGUGACAUCUCAGAGGAGCCCUGCAUGUUUUCAGGUAGUCACCAAUCAACAUUGGAUAGAUUAUAUGCUUGGGAGAAGAAACUCUAUGAGGAAGUCAAGUCUGGAGAAAAGGCUCGGAUUGCAUACGAAAAGAAAUUGACGCAUCUCCGGAACCAAGAUGUAAAAGGAGAUGACUAUUCUGCAUUAGAAAAAACAAGGGCAGCCAUUAGAGAUCUGCAUACUCAGAUGAAGGUUUCAAUACAUUCGGUUGAAGCUAUUUCAAACAGGAUUGAGACCUUAAGGGAUGAAGAAUUGCAGCCUCAACUUUCAGAACUGGUACAAGGGUUAGCAAGGAUGUGGAAAGUAAUGGCAGAGUGUCAUCGGUCACAGAAACGAAGCCUAGAUGAAGCCAAGGUUUUACUAGCAGGCACGCCUUCAAAACUGGAAGCUAAAAGACAUUCUUCCAUUUCAAUUACUGAUCCAAACCGGCUAGCACGUUCAGCUGCCAAUCUUGAGACAGAGCUGAGGAAUUGGAGAGCUUAUUUUGAGUCAUGGAUCGCUUCUCAACGAUCCUAUGUGCAUGCCUUAACGGGGUGGCUGCUCCGUUGCAUGAGGGCUGAUCCUGAUACAUUGAAGUUGCCACUCUCUCCCCGUCGCUCAAAUGGUGCUCUUCCAAUAUUUGGAAUUUGCAUCCAAUGGUCAAGGUUUCUGGAUGCCAUACAUGAGACACCGGUGCUGGAUGGACUAGAUUUUUUUGCAGCCGGUAUGGGGUCCCUCUAUGCACAACAGCUUAGAGAGGAUUCACGUCAUGUUAGGGUAGGUUCAAAGAGAUUUGGAGCUGGAACACCAGAUGAAUUUAGUGGGGAUAUGAAAAUUGUGGAGGUCGGUCAAGUUGAACAAGUAAUGACUGCAGACAAAAUGGCUGAGGUUGCUAUAAGGGUACUUUGUGCUGGAAUGUCAGUUACUACGAGCUCACUGACAGAGUUUUCUAUUGCUUCUGCUGAUGGAUAUGCCGAACUUGUGAAUCAAUGGGACAACGCCAAGGCUUAGAGCUGCAAUGUAGUUUUCUGAUGUUUAUGGGGUAGUUUAGUGAUUAAUGGAUGUCAAUGUAAUUAUAAAUUAAUCUAUUUUGAAUAUUAGCAUAGAGUUUUUGCCA